CCGCGGUAGCGGCGUGGGUGGCGGCGGCGGCGGCGGCGGCGGCGGCGGCGGGCCUCCCGCGGGGCCGCAAUGCUCAGCUCCCGAGCCCAGGCGGCGGUGAGCGCGGCCGACAGGGCCAUCCAGCGUUUCCUGCGGACCGGGGCGGCAGUCAGAUAUAAAGUCAUGAAGAACUGGGGUGUUAUAGGUGGAAUUGCUGCUGCUCUUGCAGCAGGAAUAUAUGUUAUUUGGGGUCCCAUUACAGAAAGAAAGAAGCGUAGAAAAGGGCUUGUGCCUGGCCUUGUCAACUUGGGGAACACCUGCUUCCUGAACUCCCUGCUGCAAGGAUUGUCUGCCUGCCCUGCUUUCAUCAAGUGGCUGGAAGAGUUCACCACCCAGUAUACCCGGGAUCAGAAGGAGCCCCCCCCACACCAGUAUUUAUCCUUAACACUGUUGCACCUUCUGAAAGCUUUAUCCUGCCAAGAAAUAACUGAUGAUGAGGUCUUGGAUGCAAGCUGCUUGUUGGAUGUCUUAAGAAUGUACAGAUGGCAGAUCUCUUCAUUUGAGGAACAGGAUGCUCACGAAUUAUUCCAUGUCAUUACCUCGUCAUUGGAGGAUGAGCGGGACCGUCAGCCCCGGGUCGCACAUUUGUUUGAUGUGCAUUCCCUGGAGCAGUCAGAAAUAACUCCCAAACAAAUAACCUGCCGCACAAGAGGGGCACCUCAUCCCAUGUCCAAUCACUGGAAAUCUCAGCAUCCUUUCCAUGGAAGACUUACGAGUAAUAUGGUCUGCAAACACUGUGAACACCAGAGUCCUGUUCGAUUUGAUACCUUUGAUAGCCUUUCACUAAGUAUUCCAGCUGCCACAUGGGGUCAUCCCUUGACCCUGGACCACUGCCUUCACCACUUCAUCUCAUCAGAAUCCGUGCGGGAUGUCGUAUGUGACAACUGUACAAAGAUUGAAGCCAAAGGGACAUUGAAUGGGGAAAAGGUGGAACACCAGAGGACCACUUUUGUUAAACAGUUAAAACUAGGGAAGCUCCCUCAGUGCUUGUGUAUCCACCUCCAGCGGCUGAGUUGGUCCAGCCACGGCACGCCCCUGAAGCGGCACGAGCACGUGCAGUUUAAUGAAUUCCUGAUGAUGGACAUCUACAAGUACCACCUCCUUGGACAUAAACCUGGUCAACAUAACCCUAAACUGAACGAGAAGGCGGGGCCUGCGCUGGAACUGCAGGACGGGCCGGCAGCCCCCAAAUCAGUUCUGAAUCAGCCAGGGGGCCCCAAAACCCAGAUGUUUAUGAAUGGCGCCUGCUCCCCAUCCUUGCUGCCUACCCUGCCAGCCCCGAUGCCCUUCCCCCUCCCAGUGGUUCCUGACUACAGCUCUUCCAUGUACCUCUUCCGGCUGAUGGCAGUUGUCGUCCACCAUGGAGACAUGCACUCUGGACACUUCGUGACUUACCGACGGUCCCCACCUUCGGCCAAGAAUCCUCUUUCAACCAGCAACCAGUGGCUGUGGAUUUCCGAUGACACUGUCCGCAAGGCUAGCCUGCAGGAGGUCCUGUCCUCCAGUGCUUACCUGCUGUUCUACGAGCGUGUUCUUUCUAAGAUGCAGCACCAGAGUCGGGAGUACAAGUCUGAAGAAUGACUCUGACCCGGCCCCAAAGUCAGAGCUGAUGGCACUGUCCAAACUUUCCAGGAAAAACACAAAAUCAGAUCGUGUGUGUGCGCACGCGCGUGUGCAGUCAGCCCCACUAUAGUCCUUCAGCCUUCUGGUGUGUUCUAAGAGCGGGCUCCACAUGGGAGCCAGUGGCCCAAAUUCAAACCAAAUCAGGCUCCCUGAACAGCACAGCUAGUGUCCACUGGAAGGGGUUGUCAUCGUGUUAGGAGAGCAUUCAUUAUGUCUAGAGUAUCUUUUUACUCACCUGAUACAGGUAAUUAAAAAAAAAUCAGACACCGGAAGCCACCUUUUUUAUAUUCUGAUGUGUUAGGUGUUCUCAGAGGGGACUUAACUUUGCCUGAUCCUCUGAUGUUUCAGCAUAGAUCUUUUAUUUUUCAUAAGCAGGCCCAUAAAAUUGUUGACAAGAACUAGUGAAAAUAUUAAAGGCAACAAUUUAGAAGAAAAAGUGCCUUUCACUUUCAAUUGCUUUUGUAGCACGUCCAUUCUGGAAAAUAUGCAUUCUCUAAGUCAUAGAAACAAUUUCUGAAAAGCCCUCUCUUCCUCCCAAGUUUCUCAGUGAAUAGCAAAAGAACAGUUAAAAGAUGCCUAAAGAACACACGCCUUCCCUUUUGUAUCUUUUUCUAAUCCUUCGAUCCUUUAUAUACAGUAAAAGCUCAUCUGCCAAAUCUGCCCUUCGGGGAAAUUCUUUCACUGCUUUGUCAAUUCUAAGUGAAACUCUUACAUGUUGCUUUUAUCUUUUGUAUACUGGACUGAGAUAUGAUUGCUGCAUAUUAUAAACCCGUGAGAAUGGCCAGAACUGAGCAGUACCCGUGCAACAUCUGUGAUUCCUCUGCUGUGUGCAAAACGC